AUGAAGAAAUAUCCCGGCUUUGAUUACGAUGCGGGCAAGGACCAACUCGAGGGAGAUGAUCUCUCUAUGCUGGAUGGCGGCAAUGCUCCUCCGGAGGCCUUACCAGACGUCGAGGAUGAUGGUGUAGACGAGCCAACGAGCCAGUCUUCGCAGUGGGAGGGUGAUAUCGAAGAUCUUAUCAUAAAUUACCAGGAGUGCAAUAAUAAUGCCAUCACUAAUGUGAGCGCCCCGACAAGCACUCAGCAGAUGUGGGCUGACUUGGACAAAGAACCUCUCCCGCUAACGCAGGUAGUCGAAGAAUAUGAAGAGAAAGGAAAAAGAAAGUCUAGCGAUACGAUUGAUCUGUCAUCAUCUGGAACGCUGGUCGAUGGUCGAAGACCAGCGAAGAUGCGACGCGUUGAUGAAAGCGUGCAGGAUGUCAAUGAUCAGCCCUGGAUCGUGGCGCAACACUCCUCUCUCGUUGACGAGUUCAACCGGCUCGGGAUAUCCGUUGGCGUUCGAAUGGAGCUUGCAAGAUUGAAGACGUCGGGCGAAUUGACAGAGGAGGAUAUGUGGAAACAGAAAGAUUGUCUCCAACAUUUGAUAGGAUCUAACCAGGACGCAGCGCUGAACACUCGCGCGACGUUUCUUCCGGACACAGCUUCAGAUGACGAUGGUCGGCCUCCGCCUUGGGAGGAGCUUGAUCUGGAGACUGACCAUCUUUCCGAGGACCCAUAUGCUGGUCUGGGUAACAGUGAAAAAUGGCCAGACUGGUACGGAGGGAAGGUCACCUUCCGGGCUCGAUAUGGUCGGGACUCAAAGAAGAUUGUUAUUGAGAGACCUACUUUGGAUCUGUCCAACUCCUUGAAGCGUCGUUUUGGUUCAUGGUGCUUCCUUCGCGUGAAAACUGACGACCAGUGCGGCUCUGCAGUUGUCGAUUUAUUCAAGAGACCACUAGUGAUCUGGGAUGCCGUAUUUAGGGCACUUCACGCUUCGGAGGACCAUGUUACCAUGGUGUGGGUCAAUGAAGCAUUCGUUGCGGGAAAGAUUGAGAGGCCCUUUCCUGGCCUCGAAUCAUUCGGUGUCGGUUAUUCUUUGUUCGACUUCAUCAAUUUUCUUAAUCCUCUACACGAGAAUAAGAAUCAAUUUCUAGGAAAAUGGGCGUCGCGAAUAGCGCUCUAUCUCUCGACUUCCGUGCCUGGUCCACGUCUCAGGGAAGAAGACAUGCAUGAACAGGAAGAUCAUUUUUCUGGUGAUAACUCAAACAUGACCGACGGCUGUGGUAUAUCCAAUCUUCCUCUCCAUCGAAGUUUUCCUAGGCAAAAUAAUAAAAUACCUACUGCCGUUCAAUUUCGUCUGAGAGGAGCAAAGGGAAUGCUCUUACUAGUGCGAAACGAUGAGUGGCUGGACAAACCUAAGUCUUCCGGACCCUCAUCCACCGAGGAGCGACCUGAAGUAUGGUUUCGGCGCCCGUCUCAAAUCAAGAUCAAUUACCCCAAGACUGAACCGCUCGAUCCUCUUCACUUGACCAUGGCCGUUCUCCAUUUUUCAUCGAUUCAGUCCCCGGCUAGACUCUGCAGAAGUCAUCAUCAACCUGGAACACAAUGGAACUGUAUCCAGCAGGUUGUCGAUGAAUUCGCUACAUGCAUGACACCUGAACAUGCGUGUAGACUUUGGGCAUCUGUAGAGGACGUAGAAGGUAUCUAUUCAGCUAGACGGAUGCGCGUCACCGAGAGUCGGCAACGACCUCUGAGAAAGAAGAAAGAAGACGAGGAUGAUCACGACGCCGGGGCAUGGUUCCCUGAUCCUCACUCUGGAUGCCCAACUUCCUUAGGCGAAACCGCGAUGGAGCUCUUGGAUUCCGGCUUUCUACCCGAUCAAUGCAACUUCCUCAAGCAGAAGUUGUGGCGUGUAGCCAACUCUAAAAUGCGCGCGGUUUCUUCACAGUUCAACUUUGAGCUGGAACAGAGCUGCUCUGGAUUGGUCGUCGUUGAUCCUCACGGCGUCCUCAAGGAGAACGAAAUACAGGUUAAAAGUUCGCGACACGAAUUCAAAACGGAUGAUGGUUUCGAAACCGACACCGUGCUUGGAGAAGUGGUGAUUGCUCGUAACCCAUGUAAAAUUCCUACCGACAGCCGAAAGGUGAUGGCUGUAACGCACCCAAUGUUGGCUGAUAUGGCCGACGUCAUCGUAUGUUCCAUUCGGGGAGCUACUGCUCUGUUACAGUAUCUUGCUGGAGGUGAUUAUGACGGUGAUCGAAUUCUGGUCAUAUGGGCACGAGCUAUCGUGGACUCCUUUCGAAACGCCCACGAAGAUUACAUGGAGCCGCCUCCUGGAUUCGAUGAUCUUUUUGAAAGGGACACGAAAACUGUCGAUGAUUUUUGUCAAGAAAUGGCUUCUGCGCCAUCUCAUGUCAAAGCCAAGGAGUUACAGACCCGUCUUCUUGCCCCAUUGAGCUGUCCUUCCGCAGUGGGAAAAAUCUCAACUCUCCAUGAUGAUUAUGUGUAUACGAAGGGAUACAGUCAUCCGGAUACGCUCUGCGCAGGACAAGCAUUCGCCAGAAUAAUGGAUUCGGCAAAGACUGGGUAUCGAUUGAAGGCGAAUUCUCGCCUCCAAGGAUCUCAGAGGCAAACGCCUCAGUGGAGGAUGGUCCAAAAGAGCGCCAAGCUACCCAAGGCGUCAAGUAGCAAUUCUGACAAUACGGUUGGGAACAAGGGCAAUCUACCACAUUGCAGAAGAUUCGUGGAUGAGACCCAUAUUGUCGGGCAAUAUGCCAUGGGCGACAUAAACACAGCCAUGCAAGAGAACGUUGCAGACUGGGCGAAGGUUCUAGCUCGCAUGCUGCCCCAGUACGCCGCUCUACCCAGUAAUCUUUCCCAGCUGUGGAAGGAUGCAAGAAGAUCAUUGAGCGAAUAUCAUCAGCGCGAUCUUAACAUCAUUCAAGGACACAUCGAUGACACGCAUGUAAAGUGGCUGCAAGUCAGAAAAAACAAAACAGAAUUCAAGAACCUUCUUACACACUUCGAGAAGUUUCCAUCCAUUGGCAAAUUGCGAUAUAUCACCGAUAAAUGGCAGCUCGACCUCCUUCGCGCUUCCUGUGCCUAUAUCAAAGACAGUGCUGGCGGCCACCGUUUCGCGUUUCAUAUUUCCCCCUCCAUCCUCUCUGACAAGUUUAUCAUGGAUCGCAUAUUAGACGCUCUCAAAGAUGCAUUCGAAAAGGGUAUGACUGCGUUGGAGCAUUUAGCGCGCAAAAACGAAGAGGUAUACGUUCCUGAUAUGGAUCUUGCCGGGACGUGGCAGACCUUGACAAGCGUCGCAGAGCAUUGGAAAGAUCUGGAGAUCAUCAAAAAGCAUGUUGAGGAUGUGUAUGCGCGGUGGAAACGUACGACGAUCCGACCAUAUAACGAAAAGACCAAGCAACGACGCUUAGCUUGUUCUAAGGCCUUCAAUGAAUACCCAACAUCUGCGGACAUGCGUUUGCUCAAAGACCACGCGCUAAUAUCCCGUUUGCGAGCCUCCUAUGCCUACGUUAGAUAUCACGGAAAAGACAGAGACCACCGCUUUGCGUUCGAAAUGGCUUUCAGGGAACUCUGCCACAUGAAGGCCACUGCUAUUGGCCAGACUAAGACUACGACUCGUGGGUUUUAUGAUCGUAUGAAGUUGAAAGUUUUAACUUGA